AUAAUGUGAUUUUGUGGUCAGAAAUUUGAGUCGUAGAAAUAAUUUUUCAAUAUACAGAUAGAUUCUUCAAUUCUCGCACGUUUCGUUCGUCAAGUCCUUUUAUAGAUAAAUUAGGAUAUUUUUUAAUUUUUAUGCUGAUAAUAUAUGUCUGUUGAAGUAUUAGGAGUUGAAUGGUCAGAGUUUGAAAAGUAAUGUUAAAUUUGAGAUUCUGAGGCGAGUUUUAUAAAAUUAAGACAAUCUUUGGGUAUAAAAGGUAAAUUUUACAGUGUUUUUUAUUCAUUCGCGUGCGAGCUAAUCGCGAAUUGGUUUUACGCGUGCCGCCGCUCUCCGUCGACGACGACGACGACGACGGCCAUCGCGGUUCGAAUCUCUCGUUGGAUCCCCGUGCGGCCUUCGCCGAUACUUCUUCACUGCCAAAACUGCAGAUAAAGCGGCAUAGGAGCCGGAAGAGUAGUGUCUGUCGGCUUCUCGAUCGGUUCUUCGCUCAGUCAACGCGGUCGGAGAUCGAGGGUUCCCGUGCGAGGCUCGGUAGAUCCGAGGAAUAUCGGCUUGCGAGAUAUCAGAUCGGUGCCCGAAUCGGCGAUUUCUCGCUAUUGGAGCCGAUCGAUCAGGCAAUAUAUUUGUGAAGCUAUUGGAAGAGGAAUAGAAGUUUUAACAGGAAGUGUAAGGAAGAGCAGAAAUGGCACCCGGCAUUAGAAAGGCUCUGGGGACAGUGAAGGACCAGACCAGCAUUGGCCUGGCCAAGGUUUCAAGCAACAUAGCGCCGGAACUUGAUGUGGCUAUAGUGAAGGCCACCAGCCAUGAUGAUGAACCUGCUAGCGAAAAGCACCUGCGUGAGAUUCUGAACUUGACAUCCUACUCUAGGGGCUAUGUCAGUGCCUGUAUAGCAACUGUUUCUAGGCGACUUGGUAAGACUCGUGAUUGGGUCGUGGCCUUGAAGGCCCUUGUGCUUGUUCAUCGUCUUCUCACAGAUGGUGACGCUGCAUUCCAACAUGAGAUUCUCUAUGCAACCCGAAGAGGGACGCGACUUCUAAACAUGUCUGAUUUCCGCGAUGAGGCACACUCUAAUUCCUGGGAUCAUUCUGCUUUUGUUCGCACAUAUGCUGCCUAUCUGGAUCAGCGUUUGGAGUACAUAAUGUAUGAAAGAAAACAAGGAGGGGGCAUCAGUCGCACAAAUGAAUUCGGAACAGACCGCCAAAGUCGAUCUGAGUAUGGUGAUCAUGAUCCUUAUGCGUAUGGAAGUUAUGGAAGAUCCUCCUACUCAUCUUCUCCGCGCAAUGGAAGAGACACAUAUGAAGAACAUGGGGAAGAGAAGAAGCCAUCAACACCACUUAGGGACAUGAAGCCAGAGAGGCUGUUGAGCAAGAUGCAGCACUCGCAACAAUUGCUUGAUCGAGUCCUUGCCUGCCGUCCCACGGGCAAUGCAAAACACAGCAGGAUGAUUCUUGUUGCUCUCUACCCUAUUGUCAGGGAGAGCUUCCAGCUCUAUGCUGAUAUAUGUGAGAUUCUGGCCAUCCUUCUAGACCGCUUCUUUGACAUGGAAUACCCAGACUGUAUCAAAUCAUUUGAAGCAUAUGCCAGUGCCGCAAAGCAGAUCGAUGCUCUCUGUGCCUUCUAUGCGUGGUGCAAGGAUACAGGAGUGGCCAGGUCGUCGGAGUAUCCAGAGGUGCAACGCAUUACUGACAAGCUUCUGGAGACACUGGAAGUAUUUGUGAGGGAUAGAGGGAGGAAGCCAAGGAGCCCUCCUCGAGUGGCAGUCACUGCACCUGCAGUGGUGGUUGAAGCGGAGCAAGAACUGAACAGCAUCAAAGCUCUCCCUGCACCCUCUGACUAUAAGGAUGAUGACCCAGAGCCAGCAAAUCCGAUUGUCGAACCAGUCAAGCAGCAGCCACCACCACAACAACCUGACCUGGUGGAUCUCCGGGAGGACGGUGUGACUGCCGAUGACCAGUCUAAUACACUAGCAUUAGCCCUUUUCCAGGCACCGGCGGCAGCCAAUGGUGCAAAUGGUUCAUGGGAAGCAUUCCCUUCUACUGAUGGGGAUUCUGGAGUGAGCUCCGCCUGGCAAAAUCCUGCAGCAGAGACCGGAAAAGCCGACUGGGAACUCACCCUCGUGGAGACUGCCAGCAACCUGUCAAAGCAGAAGGCCAUGAUGGCUGGAGGAUUGGAUCCAUUACUACUGAAUGGCAUGUACGACCAAGGCACUGUGAAGCAGCAAGUAAAUGCCCAGGUGAGCAGUGGGAGCUCAAGCAGUGUGGCCUUGCCAGCACCCGGACGAGGCACUGCACCGGUACUUGCUCUUCCGGCGCCCAACGGCACCAUGCAGACUGUCGGGCAGGAUCCAUUCACAGCAUCCCUUGGUGUCCCUCCACCUUCCUAUGUUCAGAUGGCCGAGAUUGAGAAGAAACAGCAUUUGCUGGUGCAGGAGCAGGUCAUGUGGCACCAGUACGCCAACAAUGGAAUGCAGGGCCAGACCAGCUUGGCCAAGCUGAGCAACAAUACCAUGCCGAACUCAGUGGUGAUGCCCUAUGGGAUGCCACCGGCCGCCUACAAUGCUGCCGGCGGCGGAUACUACUAUCCAAACUAUUGAAAAAUUGAAACUUGUUUUUUCUUUCCCCUUGAGUCUGUAUUUUGCUUCAGCUCAGCCUCUUCAUCACAGUGCUUUUUAUCCUCUCGUUUAUAAUGUGUAUUAAUUAUUGUGUUUGUUAUAUGAAUCUAGAUCUGUGACAUAUCUAUUCCAAACUGGUGACAAUUUAGAUGCUAUCAUUUUAAUCAUGUCAUUUGUGUUUGAAAUAAUAUAAAAUUUUCCAUGUA